AUUCCAGUGCCUUCUUUCGCGUUUCGAGUCUCUGUGUCGCAAUAUUGCAGUCUCCAGAUGAAACUCAGGCAUGCGCAUAAUUGUAGUGCACAUGGUGGCUGCUGCUGUUCCUCCAAUAUGUGCAUAUCCUAAAUAUGCAGCUGGUGCAACGAAUGGCAUUCAAUUUUUAAUGAAAUGGAAUAAAAUUCUUAUGGGCUCUGUUUGGAUAGGUGUGAUUUGGAUUUGUAUUUCAAGUGAAAAAUUAUAAAAUUUUGACAUGAUAUCAAAUUCAAACACUUCAUUAUUUGAAAUUCACACCUAUUCAAACGAAGAUUGUAUGAUUAUAUGCCAUUUUCAUUCUGUUGCAUUCUAUUUCAGGUUAUCAUAGUUUAUAACAUGCACUUAGUUCAUUGUUUGCUUAUUAUUAUUAUUAUUAUUUUGUGAAUACUUGAUUGUUUGCUUUUUUUUUUUUAUAUAUCUUGUAAAAUUCUGUUAUGAUCAUUCGGAGUUUCUUCUUCCAUUGCUGGGAAACAUAGCAGUUUUUAAGGUAGAAAUUUGUGAAUCUUAUUCUACAGUAUUGAACACUGGAUUUUCCUCAAUUCAUUUAUUGUUUGUUGAGGUGUGUGAUCCUUGAAAGCUUUUCUAGAGACCAAAUUGAUAGGUUUUUCAAGGGGAUCAAUUUUCAAACAUUUGAACUUGUUUGAAGCGAUAAAUCAUAGAAGAUGCAGAGGAAAAGAGAAGGUAGAAACGAUUUCUUUGGCAUGGGCGACCCUUUUGUUAAUUUCCGGGGCUUUGGCAUGAUGCCCAGCCUAUUUGGAGGGAGAGAUCCAUUUGAUGACCCAUUCUUUACUCACCCAUUUCGGAGCAAGUUUUCAAGUUCUUUUACUUGUGAUGCAUUGCAUGCCAAUGGAACAAAAGCAGUAGUUGUAGAAGAACUAAUCUCUGAUGAUGAGGGAGAAAAAGAAAAAGAUAUACAUAUUGGUUCAGGCGAAGAACCAUCUAUUGAGCAUCCUGAGGAAGAUCUUGAAGAUCUGGCAGAGAAGAAAAGCAAGAAUGUGAAUCAUAGGCGUGAUUAUAACAACAUAGAAGGGACUAAGCCACAAGCUCAUAAUUUCAGUUUUCAAACUUGCAAAGUCACAUAUGGUGGUGUAGAUGGAGCAUAUUACACAUCUACAAAGACCAGAAGGGCAGGCAAUGAUGGAGUGGUAGUUGAGGAGAGCUAAGAAGCAGACAAAGUUACGGGUCAAGCUAAACAUAGAAUCUCUAGAGGGCUUCAUGAUAAGGGCCAUUCCAUCACAAGGAAGCUUAAUCCAGAUAGCAAGGUGGAUACAAUGCAGACUUUACACAAUCUGAAUGAAGAUGAGCUUGCUGGGUUUGAAGAAGCAUGGAAUGGUAAUGUCAAAGGACAGUGGCUUGGCUCAAGUAAUCAAUUUGAUUUCAAUGGUUCUAGCACCAGUGAACAGAAGGAGAGGGCAACUUGGGGCGGUUGGGCACUUCCAACAGUACAAAAUCCCCGAAAUACUGGAGCAACUUCUGCAGGAAAAGGCAAAAAAGUUAUUAGGAUCAACAUUGAGUAAUCGAUUUGCAUAUUGCCUAUAAUAGAAUUAAGCCUGGAACGGGGCAUUUGUUUGGCGUGAGGCGCCAGCGUGGUGUAAAGCCAUGGUGAAUACCGAAUUGAUGUGUAUCCUUGUACAUAGCAGCCAGACAUUCGAUUAUAUGGCUUUAAAAAUAUAUUCUAUGUUUGAAUUUCUCAUGUCUUCGUUACCAAGUCGGAUCAGGAUGCUUAUUUUUGCAAUUUGCAAAAGACAAAUUAGAGAUAGUACAAUUGAGAAUUUAUGGACUGCUAGUGUUAAGCCUAAUGCUUUCUUUUGUAUGUGGUUUAUCAUUUCCGGUACAAUUACCAGAGAAAUUACUGUAUAAUAUAUACACCGCUGAGUUAUGCUUUGUAUAA